AUGCUGAGCAAGGAGGAUGAAGCCCGUCUCGACAGGCAUGAAGGCGUGCCAACAGCAUACGAGAAGCAUCUGCUUGACAUUGAUUUGUACUUUCCGAGGAACAGGCCGAGAAGUCAACGUGGGAGCUCCGUCCGACCCGUUCGCAGCGAUGGAGAAAGGGUAACGGUUAAGGCGUUGGUGUAUCUCAGUCCACAGUACACCACUGACUCAGCUCCUCGAGAGGAGUAUGUCAAUCGGAUGAUUCGAGGCCUGCAGGACUCCUUGGAUUUCGGCAUGUCCGAGGACUACGUCAGCAACGUAGUCAUGCCAGCCUUGAGGAGACGACCUAACCAAAAUCGUACGGCAGCAUCGGCCUUUUCGAGACGGCGUGCCAAUGUCGAUAUAGAGAGGAAUCGAUCCCAACGUUUUCAGUUCACAGGCCCUUGGACACAACUUCCUCGUGCCCUCGCCGAGUCUCACGAUGGUACCCACAAAACUCUCGGGCCGCCCCUGGAUGCCCGUGACCUACCAAGUUCUUGGCGUCGGCUUUUGCAGCCACUUCUCGUGAUCCCACAGCAUAGCCUUUGCAUGCAUGAAAUGGUGCAUUUGUUUUCAUCUUAUUUUUCUUGUUUUGCUAGUCGCAUACUAUUAGAUGGCCUACCCGAGCUAGAAUAA